CUCCACUGGAUUCCACCUUCUAUCAAAAGACGAAUUUUUUUGUCGUCCUGCCCGCAACGCCGAAUCUCGAACCCACUUGGGAAAUCACGACGGAACCAACGGCGACCCCCAUCCUCGUCUACCAUUCGUCCUUCCCUUCCACUUUGUCGGUACCACCAGCUGCGUCCUCUCAACGGUACUCGACACUCCUCCUCCAUCGCUCUCGGAUCACCUCGAGGUCAUUACCAUCAACCCGCCGGCUAGAAUACUCCUCUCCGGCAAACCACCCCCCCUCGUCUACGCUUGCGACCAUCGUCUGUCGCGACGUAGGCUUUUCAAAAAACCGCAAUCAUGGCUCCCAAGAAGAAGGAAGUCCAGAAGCUUUCUCUGGGCGAAUUUUUGAACGAACCCUCUUUCGGCGGCUCUUGGGCUGAUGAGGUCGAGGACACCUAUGCCUCCGGCACUCAACCUCUCCCUCCCGCUGAGCGUCGCGGCCCUUCCACCUAUGGUGGAGGCUCUUCGUUUGCUGACCGCGGUUAUUCCUCCCUCCGCGACAACAUUAGCCCGGCCCAGCUUCCUACCAGGCCCCCUUUCACCGCUCAUCUCGGUAACCUUUCAUACAAUGCGACCGCCGAGUCCGUUACCGAGUUCUUUGAGGGCUGCGAUGUCGUGAAUGUCCGCAUCAUCGAGGACCGCGAGACUCAGCGCCCCAAGGGUUUUGCCUAUGCCGAGUUCAAGGAUGUCGAGGGUCUCAAGACUGCCUUGACCCGUGAUGGAGAGACCUUUGACGGUCGUAGCAUCCGCAUCAAGAUUGCCGAUCCCCCCAAGCAGGGAUACAGCGACAGGGCUGAGUCGAGCCGUGAUCUCCCCACCUGGGAGCGCAGAGGACCCCUUCCCGACUUGCCCGGACGUGACCGCCCCCAACGUGACUUUGGCGAGCGUAGAGCCCCCAGAGAGUUUGCCCCUGCCGACGAUGGCAAGGUUCGCGAUUUCGGCAACUGGGAAAGACGUGGUCCCCUCCCCCCCGCGGAGCCCACUGAGCAAAUCAGAGAUUCCUCUCGCUCGCGUCCCCUUGAGGCCCGUGGCGAGUCUUUCCGCAAUGAUAGGAGGGCUUCCCCCGCUGCUUGGGGCCCUGGUGAGGGUCGUCAAGAUACUUCCCGUCCUCCUCGCCGCGAGUUUGGCGACCGUCCCGAGCGCGCUCCCACUGCCGCUGAGAAGGACAACCAAUGGCGCAACAGCAUGCGCCCUGCUACCGAGUCUCGUGAAGGAAGCGUCCCCAACUCUCCGGCGCCCUCGGCUGCUCUUCCUGUCGGUCGCCCUAAGCUGAACCUCGCCAAGAGAACCGUUUCAGAAGCCCCCGAGGCCGGAUCGACCGCUUCGACUGACUCGAAGGCCAGCCCCUUCGGUGCCGCUCGCCCCAUCGAUACUGCCGCCCGCGAACGCGAGAUCGAGGAGAAGCGCCUUCAGGCCCUCAAGGAGAAGAAGGAGGCCGACGAGAAGGCUAAGGAGGAGAAGCGUCUUGCUAAAGAGGCCGCUGCUAAGGCCGAGGCUGAGAAGGCUGAAGCGGAUGCCGCGGCCGCGAAGGCUGAGGCUGAGAAGCCCGUUGAGGCCCCCGCCCCCGCUGCUGAGGAGGAGGUCAAGUCCCCCGGUGCUGCUCCUGCCAACGGUGUAGCUGCCGAUCAGAAGCUCCCCGUCAAGGCCCGUGAGCCCCGCGAGGCCCCUAAGACUAGAGCCACCGAGAGCGGUAACUGGCGCUCUGCUCCUAGGGAACCUCGUGGUGGUGCCGCUCCUGGUGGGCCUCGCCGCAACGACCGUGUCCCCGCUGAUCGCGCUUCUCGCGCUCCUCGCAGCGACUCUGGCCGCGGCCCUCGUGCGAACGGCGGUGCCCCCGCCUCCCAGCCCGCCCAGGCUACCCCGGCUGCCGGUGCGGAGCAGGCUCCCGCUACUCCCGCCGCCGCCGAGGAAGAUGACGGCUGGACGAAAGUCACUGUCCCCAGCAAGAAUCGUCGUGGCACCAACCGUGCCUACUAAUUGUACACUCGACGACAUCCCGUCAGCUUUUCACGAUCGCCGGAAAGCCUCUUCCGAAAAGCAUGGUGCAUGGCUUCAUGUUGCCCUACUCACGUUUUGCCGGCCCAAUGACUUCGAAGAGAAUCAUUCCACUCUCAAAGGAGUCACAAGC